UCCAGAGGUGUCUUACAUCAGCUCAGGGUGCCUGAUUGUGAGAUCUGAGAGAGAACUCCGGAGAGAAGGAGAGAUUCUUGGUUUUCCCCUUUUGCUUAUAUGCACAAUACUUAGAAUUACGAAAGCUUUGGACAAAUGGUUUGAAAAAAAGCAACCCAAGCAGAAUGAAUGCCCCAUCUCCAUCUUUGCAGCUUUGGAAGAUGGUCUUUCCGCUCCUUAUCCUCCUUUACCUAAUAGGAGCAGUCAAGUCUCAAGUAAAUCCAGGUGUGUGUCGGUCUCCAUUAGGAAUGUCUAUAGGACAGAUCUUAGAUGAAGACAUCUCAGCUUCCAGUCAGUGGUCUGACUCCACAGCAGCAAAAUAUGGCAGAUUGGACUGUGAGGAGGGAGAUGGUGCGUGGUGUCCUGAGAUCCCAGGAGAACCAGAGAAUAUGAAAGAGUUCUUGCAAAUUGAUCUUCGUUCUCUACACUUUAUCACUUUGGUUGGCACUCAGGGACGUCACGCGGGGGGCAUCGGUAAUGAGUUUGCUCAAAAAUACAAGAUCAAAUACAGCCGUGAUGGCAGCCGGUGGAUCUCCUGGCGCAACAGGCAGGGCAAACAGGAGAUUGAGGGGAACAGGAAUGCCUAUGACAUUGUGCUGAAGGACUUGGAGCCGCCAAUCAUUGCACGGUUCGUCCGUUUCAUGCCCGUUAUUGAUCAUUCCAUGAACGUUUGCAUGCGUGUGGAACUGUACGGCUGUGAAUGGCUGGAUGGAUUGGUUUCAUAUAAUGCUCCACUUGGCCAGCAGAUGACUCUCAAUGGACAGUAUAUUUAUCUCAAUGACUCUGUGUAUGACGGAGCUAUGAGUUACAGUAUGACAGAAGGUCUUGGACAACUGACGGAUGGCAUGUGUGGCCUAGAUGACUUCUCACAUAGUCAUGUUUACAAUGUUUGGCCUGGUUAUGACUAUGUCGGCUGGACCAAUGAGAGCUUUGCCAAUGGUUAUGUUGAGAUCAUGUUUGAGUUUGACCGCACCCGUAACUUCACCACCAUGAAGGUACACUGCAACAACAUGUUCUCACAAAGAGUGAAAACCUUCCAAAAGGUGGUGUGUUAUUUCCGGUCUGAGUCAGACUGGGAGGCCACACCCAUUUCAUUCAGUCCUGUGAUGGACGAUGUCAACCCUAGUGCCCGCUUUGUCACCGUCUCACUUUACAAUCACAUGGCCAGUGCUAUUAAGUGCCAAUACUACUUUUCCGAUAUCUGGAUGAUGUUCAGUGAAAUCACCUUCCAGUCAGAUACAGCCAUGUAUAACACAACCCUUGCUCCACCCAAGACUGGUCCUCCCACCAGCAGCCAGCCAGGGGAUGACCCCACCCACAAAGUAGAUGACAGCAACACCCGGAUCCUGAUUGGCUGCUUGGUUGCCAUCAUCUUCAUCUUAGUGGCCAUUAUUUUUAUUAUACUAUGGAGACAAGUGUGGCAAAAGAUGCUUGAGAAGGUGUCUCGGAGGAUGCUGGACGAUGAACUAACUGCUAGUCUGUCAAUACAGAGUGAGACCUUCACCUAUAACAACAACAACAACAGCCCCUCCUCAGUGCCCAGCGAACAGGAAUCCAGCUCCACUUAUGAACGCAUCUUUCCCCUGGGACCCGACUACCAAGAGCCAUCCCGCCUUGUUCGCAAACUGCCUGAGUUCUCUCAAACUUCAGAGGAUGCUGCAUCAACAAGUACAGCUACCAAGACCGCUCAAGCAAGUGCACAAGAGGGUGUUCCACACUACGCCGAGGCAGACAUUGUCAACCUGCAAGGUGUGACUGGGGGGAACACGUAUGCUGUGCCUGCCCUCACCAUGGACCUGCUGUCAGGGAAAGAUGUUGCUGUGGAAGAGUUUCCACGGAAACUGCUUACCUUCAAAGAAAAGCUGGGAGAAGGGCAGUUUGGAGAGGUGCAUCUUUGUGAAGCAGAAGGCAUGCAAGAUUUUAUGGAUGAGGACUUCUCCUUCGAUGUCAUUGAAAAUGAAACAGUGCUCGUUGCUGUUAAGAUGCUUCGAGCGGAUGCAAAUAAAAAUGCUAGGAAUGAUUUCUUGAAGGAAAUAAAGAUCAUGUCACGGUUGAAAGACCCCAACAUUAUCCGGCUCCUGGCAGUGUGUAUGAGCUCGGACCCUCUGUGUAUGAUCACUGAGUACAUGGAGAAUGGAGACCUUAAUCAGUUCCUGUCUCGCCAUGAGCCCGAGGGCAUAAUCGCUCUACUCAGCAAUGCUCCAACAGUCAGCUAUAGUAACCUACACUACAUGGCCACACAGAUUGCUUCAGGCAUGAAAUAUCUCUCCUCACUCAAUUUUGUGCAUCGGGACUUGGCCACCCGCAACUGUCUGGUGGGGAAGAACUACACCAUCAAGAUUGCAGACUUUGGCAUGAGUAGGAACCUGUAUAGUGGAGACUACUACCGCAUUCAGGGCAGAGCUGUGCUGCCCAUCCGUUGGAUGUCCUGGGAGAGCAUUCUUCUGGGAAAAUUCACCACAUCCAGUGAUGUGUGGGCUUUUGGUGUGACCCUUUGGGAGAUGCUUACCUUCUGUAAAGAGCAGCCCUACUCACAACUAUCAGACGAGCAGGUCAUUGAAAAUACAGGGGAGUUCUUUCGGGAUCAAAGGAGACAGAUAUACCUGCCCCAGCCGCCAAUGUGUCCUGACCCCAUCUACAAGCUCAUGUUGAGCAGCUGGCACAGGAAUACCAAAGAACGUCCAUCCUUCCAGGAGAUUCAUCGCACCCUACUGGAGUGCAAGCCAUAGUGUUCACUUUUGUGCCAUCCGUGGCACCUUCAGAGACAUUUCAGUGCGCCCACAGGACUCCAGUCAACCACACGCUACAACAGGCACUUACAACUUCCCUUAUAUAGUCCGAUAGAUAAGAAUACAUUAUUCUUUAGUAGCAAUUUUCACUGUGAUUGUGCAAAUACAAACUAAUAUAUAUUGUACAAAUAAACUAUGCAGUUUUUUAUUUAGCCCCCUAACUAAGUGCAUUUGGCUGGCAUACAAUAAAUGGGUAGCACUAGGCCAAAUAAAUGUAGCAAUUAAUUUAGGCACAUUUAACACCAAAGAAUAGGAUUUUUACACACUGUGUAAUUUCUCCAGAUAACUCUAUUCUAUCUAAAAUAUCUAUCUGAAUUAGAAGCAAUGAUUUAAAAAAAAAAAAAAAUUAUAAACAAACCGUAUUUCCAUCUUAAUGUUGUUUUCAGUAUUUUGAAGCCGAAGACAGCUUGAAUGUAAAUAAGAAUGCAUUUUAAUUGACAUUCAGAUUCAGCUUUGGUUUUAUCUUUAUGUCUUUGUGCAUAUGUUCAUCUCAUUUAUCUAGAAAUAUUUUGUUAUUUUACAUAUUCUAUUUUUUUCUCUUUAUUCUAUUCUGUAGUAAGCUGAAAAAACACUUGGAUUAACAAUUUUAAAACUACAUUUAUCUGGUUUUCACUGAAGUUCAAAAUCAAAAUCUGAAAAAGCAAACCUAAUAUGAUGUAAACUUUUCCAUUGGUCAAGACAUUGUAAAAUGUUUAAUAGUGGUAUCCUAUACCUACAUAUAGUGUUAAUAUUUAAAUGAAUUACAUAAUGUAAGUGUUUGUUCUUUCCCUAGUGUUAUUCUCUAAAAUCUUAUUAUGAUGGUUAUUUAAGACUUGUAAUGGUGAAAUUUAAGUUGUUUUUUGUUUUUCUUUGCUCAAAACAACUUUUGAAUCAUGAAAUGUUAAUAGCUGAAAUUUCAGCAUUCUAAUUUUUGUAAAUGAGCUAUACAUUUUUGUCAUUCUUUUACAGAAAUCACUCGCUUGCAUGAAGUUGGAUGAAAUCCAGUGUAGUAACAUUACUUUAAUACUAAUCUCACUUUUUUUUAUUGUUCGUUUGAUGUCCAAUGUCUUCAUUUAUUCUGUUUGGGAAUGAUUAUCAAGGUACACCACAGGGAGCAUUAUGCGCAUUGAUUAAUGUCUGUUUAAUGUUGAAGAUCUUUAGAGCAAAUGAAAAUAAGCUUUACUUCA